ACGAUUUGUGGUCUGUGUACAUUUAGGAUUCUAAGAGGUUAGCUUUGCAUCUAUGCACUUAAAACGGGUUAGCAUUAUGUUUUAAACUCUCUGGCCAUUUAUCACAGUCCGACGAUGUGAGUACGGAUUUCCCCCCCCCCAAAAAAAACUAAAUCUGUCUCGUAAUGCGGGCACGUCGCAUAUAGGCUCUGACUUUUCCACGAACAGCAGUAUUUGCUUGAGAAGAGCUAGUGGCGGCUAACGUAAUUUAUGCGGAAUGCGCAUCCAUUGCGGAUGUGGUGCAGAAUAUAUGCGCAUUGCUGCGACACAGGUAAUUUUGGCCUUUACUUUUAAGAUAUUCCCUUACUUAAACAAUUCGUUAAAUGCGAAUCCAACUAUAUUAUCCAUGCAUUAUUUGUUUUUAUUUCUCGCCCGCUCCUCUUUUAGCCUCGGACUUUUCCUUGUCAUUGCCAAAUGUAUUGUUAAUUGGGAGAGCUCUAAGAUGUCUGCAUGUAAUUAAUGAUACUUAAACAUAACAGAAUAUCAGAAGAACAUUAGACAAAAGCCACAGGUUUUUGUUUUAGAGAUACAAGGUACAGACAACAAAAUAUCGCAAUAAUUGCGCAGAAUCAGUGUAAAUACACAUACUUUUUUUAAAAUAAAAUGACACGUUAACCUAUUGCCGUUCCGUAGCUAUUAUCUAUUUUAUGUAGUUGUGUAUUGCUGAGCCCAUUAUUAAGGCUGUCCUUGUUUGACAUUACAAUGAAGCAAUGAAUGCCCUGCCAUGGAACAGCAUGGUGGCUUUUUACCCUCCUUGUGAAUGGCACACUGUCCACCAGUCACAUUGGUGUGUCUGUAAACCACAACAUAUCCAUGACUGAAUACUACGAGGAGGGAGGGUUGCUGUAUGAGCACUCACCUCCCAUGCACAUCAAAGUGGAGUCUCCAGAGGGUCCCUUUGGAGGUGGGGUCUCAGAGGAUGGUUUCCCCAGGGAAGAUGACGACUCAGAGGCCAGUUGUGACCACCAGAAUGGUGGGUUGCCUAGCAGUCUGCCCUUUAACGUUGUGGUUGUGCAUCCCAACAUAGUCGCACCUGGAAUGUCUUCAGAUGAACUCAUCCCAAUUGAACAAACAUUAGCCGCAGGAGGCGUAGGAAAAAGGAAGAGUCGUUUUAGUGGGGCAGAGUUGGAGGUGUUGGUAUCAGAGGUGACCCGCUGUGAGGGGGAGCUGUUUGGUCCAGCAGGGAGGCUCCGGCGCCGAGAAAGAGAGCGAAUUUGGGCCGGGAUACUUGAGCGUGUCAAUGCUGUGUCUAGAGUACCACGCACUCUAAGAGAAGUGAAGAAACGCUGGGAUGACCUGAAGAGACGUAACGGUGGUAGACUGGCUGACGCAAGGCACCGCACCUGCUACCUGCCAUCCAGCAGAGGGGCCGCAAUUAUGGGAAGGCCGACUCAAGUCAGUCCCAGGCUCCAGCAGUCUCGUCAAAAGCAGAGCACUAGAGUAAAAGCCAGUUUCAGUUGCUUGUCAGACACUGAUCCAGUUGCAGUUGGAGAUGGUUCUGAAAGAGAUGGUUUCGAAAAGGAAGAAGAAGCUGGUGAGCAAGACUGUGAUGAUGGAGAUGAUUGUGAUGGUGUGGAGAGCAGCAUGGAGGAUAAACUGGGCCUAGGCCUGGGUCUGGGAAUAGUACCACCUCCGACAUCAGAACGCUGGCUACCUCCUUCACCCCUUUACAGCGCGCCUUUCCUCAACGGGACCCCUCAUACAAGCCCAGAACCAUCCUUAGGGACCCACCAGGGCCCACUGGAGCCCCCUCCACCACGCACUUCCUGGCUGGAAGAUGAACUUCGUGGACUGGGAGAAGCAGCCAUGCAGCUUGGAGAUCGCAUGGAGCAGAACCUGCGCGAGUUUGCAGAAGGCUUUAGAAGCGAUAUGCGGACCCUUGUGGCUUCACAAGAGGCCCUUACAAGCAGCUUGCAGCAGAAUAAUGUACUUUUGCAACGCCUGUUGGGUCUACUUGAGAUGCAGCAUCAGCCGCCUCAGCAGCAAAUUCCACAACAGCAACAACAGUUACAGCAACCUGCACAACAGCAACAGGAACCUCCACAACAGCAGCCUUAUCAGCAACUGUUAUUGCCACAGGAACAUCCACAGCUAGAGCAGCAAAUCCCAGCAACUCUUCCACCUCUACCGCCACCUCCAGAUAUUUUAGAUGGUACUCUGCACACUGAACCACCGACUGACAUAAAUGGAGUAUCGCAACGGCCACGCCGUGGCAGAACAGUAGACCUCAGACGAAGACGCAGACGUUGAUGUUGCCGUGAGAUGUGGAAAAAUAAACUGUAUUCGGUUACAGUAAAUGUAUUUAUUCAAAGCAAUGUUUUAUAGGGUUACCUAGUUGCAGAUUGUGCCAUGUCAUUGCAGCCACAUUAUAUGUUAUGCCUGUUGCAGAUAUAUAAUAAAAUGUAUUGUGUACACCAAAAAGCUCAAAGCUAUAAUCAAAAUUGACUUAUGAACUCUUGUUGCUGAUCAUAAAUAUACUGACAUUUUAUGGAUCUGCUUGCUCAAGGUCAUAAUAUAUAAGUUUAGAAAAAUAUUCUCUAGUAUUCAUGCUGUGGCAUGAUAAAAUUCAUUAAUUUUCAUUCUUUGAUUGAGGCACCGCAGAUCAGUGUAAAAUGACGUUUUACUUUUGCUACUAUCACUGGUUUAGAAGAUACAUCCAAAUGCUGUUUUAAAGGAUAUUGUAUUGCAUAGAGGUUCUCCAGUUCCAUGGAAAUAAAUGCAGUUAUCAGAAUUACUGACUAACAUAGAGAUCUAAGAUUGCCCAGUCAUUCUGCAUGCAAUGCAAGAUAGCUAAGCUCAAAUAUACCUUUUUGCAAACUUUUCACCAUGUUAACAAAAA